AUGGAGACCCUCCUGGCCCACUCCUUUGACUACUUGUCAUCUUAUGACCAAGGUAAAAUUCGCAAAGGGCUCCGGCAAGUCGAAGGGCUCCUCGCGCAAAUAUGCCUGUCAAAAUCCAAAGUCACUGCUGCAGACAAGCGCCGGUCAGCAAUGCCAUUGGGCGCGAACGGCAUAACUCUGGCAACUGCGAAACCUCUGAGUGAAUUGAGUGGAGAUCCUGCGUUCCGAGAAUUCUUUAAGUUACAAGAGGGUUUCCAAUGGAACGUCGCUAUGCGCCUGAUAUCUUGUCUCGAGCACCUCCUCGGACGCGGCAGCAAUGGCACAAAUGACCGCCUCAUCAUUUCAACCCUGGAUCUGAUCCAAGGAACCCUCCUCCUCCACCCACCCUCCCGCUCCCUCUUCGCCCGCGAAAUAUACAUGAAUCUUCUCCUCGACCUUCUCGAACCCGCCAAUUGCCCUGCCAUCCAAUCCUCUACCCUCCUAACCCUCGUAACAGCCCUCCUCGAUAACCCUGCCAACACUCGCACCUUCGAAGCCCUCGACGGCCUUCUCACGGUAACCUCAUUAUUCAAAAUGCGCACCACAUCGCGCGAGGUAAAGCUCAAACUUGUCGAAUUCCUUUACUUCUACCUCAUGCCUGAAACGCCUUCGAUUCCCUCUGCGAAUUCGGCGAGUGCGCCAAAUACAGCUAUCCUCGGCCCCGGCCUGCAUCGGAGUCCGAGUAAGCUUGCUGGUGCGUUCUCGCGAAGCUUUCAUGGGCCCGGGGACGGGGGAAGAGAUGCACGUGGAAGUGACACGAAGACGACAGAGGAGAAACAAGUGUUGUUGGGGAAGUAUUUGAGUAAUGUCGAGGAUUUGGUUGAGGAUUUGAAGGAGUCGGCUCCUUUUGAAGGCACAGUUUAUUAG